AUGAGUUCCGAACGUGCCCAACCAUCCAAAAGGCGAUGUGUCAGCACAGCCUGUGUCGCCUGCCGCAAAAGGAAGUCAAAGUGUGAUGGAAACCUGCCCAGCUGUGCAGCUUGUUCCUCAGUAUAUCAUACACCUUGUGUAUAUGAUCCAAACUCGGAUCACCGCCGCAAAGGUGUUUAUAAGAAAGACACUGAUACAUUGCGGACCCGAAACACCACCCUACAGACUUUGAUACAGGCAAUAUUGAACUACGAGGAAGCAGAUGCUUUCGAUCUAGUACGUCAGAUUCGCUCUUGCGAUGAUCUCGAGGAUGUAGCGGCUUCCGUGAUCGCCCAGGAGAAGGGGCUCAUGUCUACGGACCAAGCAGCAAGGGAGUCAGCCAGCAAUGAGAAUAUUGCCGGGAUAGAUCAAUUCGAGUCAGAGCUGGCUGGCAAGAUGAGUGAGCUCAUGCUUGACGGUUCUCGCAAAUUUAUUGGAGGUACCUCGAACCUCAUCUUCUUGCCACCAGGCUCCGAGCUGCAUGAAUCUGCUUCGAUUCAAAACAACGUCGCCCUCGAUGCCGAUAAUCAGACACACGCCGUGAGUCGGUGGACCGAAGUCACAGACGACGACUCACUAAUCAGCCAUCUGAUGACCAUGUACUUUACAUGGCACUAUCCGUUCUUCACUACCUUAUCCAAGAAUAUGUUCUAUCGGGAUUACAUCCGCGGAGUUUCCAGUUCAUAUUGCUCCGCACUACUCGUCAAUUCCAUCCUAGCUCUGGGCUGUCAUUUCAGCUCAUGGCAAGGUGCUUUUGAGGAUCCCCAGAAUCUUGCAACAGCGGGAAAUCAUUUCUUCAAAGAGGCGAAGCGACUCGUAUUGGAAAAUGACGAACAUGAGAAUGCGAAGCUCUGCACUGUCCAGGCAUUCGCACUUAUGUCUGUCCGGGAGGCAGGAUGUGGCCGUGAAGGAAAAGGCUGGGUCUAUAGUGGUCUCAGUUUCCGCAUGGCUUUUGAUCUAGGGUUAAAUCUCGAUUCGGCAAAUCUUGGGGCGCAUAGCCUUAGCGACGAAGAGAUUGAUGCUCGGCGGGUCACCUUCUGGGGUUGCUAUCUCAUUGACAAAUGCUGGUCAAAUUACCUCGGUCGUCAACCCCAGUUGACCUCGACCAAUGCUAAUGUGCCCAAGUUUGAUGUGUUGCCACAAGAAGAAGCAGAGUUAUGGUCGCCCUACACUGAUUCUGGAGUUGGUCACGAGCACACGCAACCAUCGCGAACCAGGGCUGUCGCGCUGCAAAUAUCCAAGCUGUGUGAGAUCAGCAGCGAUGUACUUGUGUUCUUCUACCAUCCAACCGAACUCGAAAGUUCCCAGCCCAAACAGUCGGAACUGAAGAAACUGAGCGAUGUUCACACCCGGCUCGAGGCGUGGAAAAACAAUCUGCCUAGGGAACUAGUGGCAAAAGAAGGACAGCUACCACAAGUGCUUGUCAUGCAUAUGCUAUAUCAGCUUCAGAUAAUUCACUUAUACCGACCAUUCCUGAAGUAUACCAAGACCAAUACGCCACUUCCUUCCCAUGUCUCACCUCGCAAGAUAUGCACACAGGCCGCCGCGACGGUUUCCAAGUUGCUGCGCAUAUACAAACGAGGAUACGGACUGAAGCAGAUUUGCAACAUUGCCGUCUAUAUUGCCCACACUGCAUGCACCGUCCAUCUUCUCAACCUCCCCGACAAAAAUGCCCAGAGGGACGUGAUACAUGGCCUCAAGAAUCUCGAAGAAAUGGCAGAAGGCUGGCUCUGUGCUCGACGUACCCUCCGUAUUCUCGACAUAUCCGCAAACAAGUGGCAAGUAGAGUUACCACCCGAAGCAAUCUCCAUCUUUGAACGAACACAUAACAAAUGGGGGUCCUGGGGCUCUUGGGACCAAGCGACUUCCCCCUCAACAUCCGACGAUUAUCCCAUCGCACCCGUGUUACAACCCCCCACAACUCCAAGUCGAUUUUCACCAUCUGGGCUCCCAUUCCCACAUUCUCACACCGAACCCAUACCCAUGGUUGACACGCCGAUGGGCCCUCAAUACGGGCCCAUCGCCGCCGUCCCAAUAUCGUUCCCCCCAUGCAAGGAAUGCGUCCACCUCAAGCCCAACGGCCCGAAUUUGCCCCUCCCGAACCAACAUAUCUCCGGCCCCAAAUGGCCUACCAGUUCACUCCCCUCCAAGGAUCCGUUCCAGCCCCCUCUUCUCCCCAUCCAAACAAGUGAAAACCUGGUCGAAGAGAGCCAGGACUGGUGGUCGAGAAAUGCCAAUGCGUAUGGCAUCGGCAUGGAUGGUUGGAGUGGUACUUGGAAUACUACUCCUCAAAACCAGCCUUCUAUCAUUCAAUACCAGGACCGUAAUCUCAUGUCUGUCGCUCAGCCUCCUAGUACUGGUGAUGAGCAGCCUCAAGCUCCAGGGCGAAUGUCGACAGUUGGGUCGUCCUUGGAUCCCGAUGAUACUACUGGGUAUGGGGAUAGAUGGAAAUAA